AUGUGGGAACAGCUGCCGGAGUUGAUCCUCAUCCAAAUCUUUGGCUACCUGGAGCGCCGGGACAGGGUGAGCGUGGCCCGGGUCUGCCCCCACUGGGCUCGCUGUCUCGCCUCACCCUGUCUCUGGCGACGCUGCAAAGUCAACAUCGAUCGGGACCUCGGCUUUGGCGACCUUCUCGCCGUUGAGCUUGCGAUAAAUUAUGGGAAACACAUGCGCAGCCUCGAGCUCGCCUGGUCGCGACCUUACAACGGCAGCUCGUGCAAUCAAGAGAGGCGAGUAUCCCGCUGCUGCGAGCAGGUGGACGCCGGCUCGGACUUUGUUGGCCUCGUGCUGGCUCAGGGGGUACAGCUCACGGAGAUCGUACUUACCGACUGGGCAUACGGACGCAAGUGGGGCAACUGCGCCCAGCUGCUCUUCCAACUGGCGAAUCUGCUGGCGGGCCAACAGAAUCUGAAAACCUUGAGCCUGAUCAAUGCGAACCUUAGCCUGGCGGACGCCUUAAGGUUGCUCGCUGUCGUAGCAAAGGUGAGCGGAGCUCGGCUCGAGUCGUUAGACCUACAGGGCGCCUUCAAGGAGUGGCUGACCCCGUACAGCAGCUCGAGGUACUUGAAGCUGCUCGGGCGCCUGGAAAACCUUUCGCACCUGAGUUUGGAUUACCCGGCGUUGUCGGACGCCGCACUGGGUGCCCUGGCACGCGGGGCGGCGAAAAACCUGCUCACCCUGCACGUGUUCGUGCGAGACUCCGACUCGAGGCAGCACCGUAUCGGCAACUCGGCAUGGCACGCCCUCGUCGACGCUUGUCCCCACCUCGCCGUCUCCUACACCAUCAUCAAUAUACCGCAUCACGAGGACAUGAGCUACCUGCUGCUGCCUAGCGUGCCGCUCGCCAAAUUCCAGAUGUACGGAGGCCACGUCUGGGACCAGAGCCGAUCGCGCAAUUUUCGCGCCACCGUCGGGCUUCUGAUCAAUCAGUACACCGAGACUCUGGCCGAGGUAAUGCUUCAGUUGAGGAACAAUCGGGAGAUGCUGGACGACCUGAUAGUGUCCCUCCUGACGCGCUGUAAGCACCUCAAGCACGUGCAGUACGACGGAAUCGUACGGAACCUCGAGACGAUUCGUGACAUUUGCCAACUGCAAGCGGAUCGAAAGACGCGUGAGCGAGUCUCGAUCCACGUCAAGCCGAAAAACGUCAGCUUGAGAAACCGGGCGCUCCUGCAGAGCAUCGAUCAUCAGUUCGGUCGAAAGAUGCACGACGGAGGAAUCGAGUUGCGCAUCGAAAAUUCCCUCUAA